GUUGUCAUCGUGCGACUUCUUCGCGUUGUGAGUUGUGACCCGUGAAGACCGCUAUAUAUACACACGCUACUAGCCCCUGUUGCAUUGUAUACACAUAUUCAUUGCCUCAUUGGUACUUUGGUUAGCUAUGGGCUCCCUACCCGCCGCCGACAAGCCGUUGCCGGCGCUCCGGUACCCUCCGGCUCGCCGCGACGACGACAUUGUCGACGACUACCAUGGAGUUACCGUGCCGGACCCCUACAGAUGGAUGGAGGAGCUGGAGUCGGAGGAGGUGAAGGGGUUCGUGGACGCGCAGGCGGCCGUGGCCGAGGCGGUGCUCUCCACCUGCGACGACCACCGCGUCCGCCUGCGCGGGCAGCUCACCGCGCUCUUCGACCACCCGCGCUACCGCGCCCCGUUCAAGCGCGCCGGCAGCUACUUCUACCUCCACAACCCCGGCCUCCAGCCUCACAGCGCCCUCUACGUCCAGCACGGGCUGGGGGGCGGGGAGGAACCUGACGUGUUGCUGGACCCAAACACGUUCAGCGACGACGCCACCGUGUCGCUCGCCAUGUUCGGCGUCAGCCACGACGGCGAGCACCUGGCGUACGGCACCAGCGCGAGCGGCAGCGACUGGGUCACCAUCCGGGUGAUGCGCGUGCGCGACAGGCGGCACCUGCACGACGAGAUAUGCUGGGUGAAAUUCUCGGCCAUCGCGUGGACUCGCGACGGGAAGGGGUUCUUCUACUCUCGUUUUCCAGCUCCAAAGAAUGAUGGGGCGCCAUUGGGUGCUGGGAUCAAGACUAGUGUUAAUCUCAAUCAUGAAGUCUAUUACCAUUUUCUUGGAACCGAUCAGUCAGAGGACCUGUUGUGCUGGGAGGACCCUGACCAUCCCAAGUACAUUUACACCCCUGAAGUUUCAGAAGAUGGCAAGUAUGUGAUUCUGUCAGUCGCAGAAACUUCAGAACCGGUAAACAAGUUGUACUACUGUGACCUCUCGGCUCUCCCUGACGGCCUGGAAGGCAUGAAGGGAAACCAUGGCAAUGCCAUGCUUCCUUUUGUUAAGCUUGUGGAUGAAUUUGAAGCAUACUACGCACUCAUCGCCAAUGACGACACUCAAUUCACAUUUCUCACUAACAAGAAUGCUCCAAAGUACAAGCUGUCGAGGAUUGAUGUCAACGAGCCACACUCAUGGAUGGAUAUUCUCCCUGAAGACGAGAAGGCUGUCCUAGAGUCGGCUUGUGCAGUCCAUGGUGAUAAGCUUCUGGUAAACUACCUGUCGGAUGUCAAGUAUGUCUUGCAGAUGAGGAGCUUGGUUACCGGGGAGUUGCUCCAUGACAUACCCAUUGACAUUGGCAGCGUCAAUGGGAUCUCUGGCAGACGUGACAAUUCAGAGGUGUUCAUCGAGUUUGCUAGCUUCCUUACUCCCGGAAUCAUCUAUAGGUGUGAUGUCAGCAAGGAGACUCCCGAGAUGAACAUAUACAGAGAAAUCUCGGUUGGUGGUUUUGAUCGCACAGAUUUUGAAGCAAAGCAGGUGUUCUACCCUAGCAAGGAUGGAACCAAGAUCCCAAUGUUCAUCGUGUCGAAGAAAAGCAUCGUUCUUGAUGGAUCUCACCCGACUCUGCUGUACGGCUACGGUGGCUUCGGCAUGAACAUGACGCCCCAUUUCAGCGUCACCCGCAUCGUCCUCAUGCGGAAUCUCGGGUUCGUGUCGUGCAUCGCCAACAUCCGAGGCGGCGGGGAGUACGGCGAGGACUGGCACAAGGCCGGGUCGCUCGCGAACAAGCAGAACUGCUUCGACGAUUUCAUCGCGGCUGGUGAGUUCCUCGUCUCUGCAGGCUACACGAACCCGAGCAGGCUGUGCGUCGAGGGUGCGAGCAACGGGGGCCUUCUUGUAGCUGCCUGCAUCAACCAGCGUCCGGACCUUUUUGGUUGUGCUCUGGCUCACGUGGGUGUCAUGGACAUGCUUCGAUUCCACAAGUUCACCAUAGGCCGUGCAUGGACCUGUGAUUUCGGCUGCUCGGAGAAGGAAGAGGAAUUCCACUGGCUCAUCAAGUACUCUCCCCUCCACAACGUCAGGCGGCCAUGGGAGAAAGGUCACCGGAGGCAGCAGUACCCUUCCACCAUGCUGCUGACGGCGGACCACGACGACCGCGUCGUGCCGUCGCACACGCUCAAAUUCCUCGCGACGAUGCAGCACGUACUGUGCACGAGCGUGAAGGAGAGCCCGCAGACGAACCCGAUCGUCGCGCGGAUCGACCGCAAGAGCGGGCACGGAUGCGGCCGCUCCACGCAGAAAAUCAUCGACGAAGCUGCGGACAGGUAUGCGUUCGCGGCAAAGACGAUGGGGAUCUCUUGGAUCGACUGAACAAGCCUCCGAGCAGUUGGUGCCUUGGUGGGUGCUAAUGGGUUUAACUUCUUAUAGCAUAUAACCCUAUAAAAUUUGAGAGUUGGAUCUAGAAUGAGAUGAACACAACUUCUGUAUAUUUUUGGCUUAAAAAUAUUUAUGGGCUAGAUAUGGUUGUGAAAAAAAUCCAUGGGUCUCACCAAUAUUUAGAGAUUGGUUAGUUGGCUAUGGUCAUUAGAUAGGUGUCUAAAAAAACCGUGAUGUGAGAAGGAUAAAAUUUAUUCCCUCUUACACUCGCCAUAAGAAGGUGAGACUCAAACCUGGGUGAAUGUAUUCACAAAUAUGUGCGCUCACCACGGUUUUUUUUUUUAGAAUUACACAGUACAACACAGGUAGUCAUAACGCACGCACGCAAACUUUACCCCUACGAGCAUCUUCGAAGAUUGGGCCGACAAAUCCAUCUUGGAGAUUGACGAAGUCACCACAGAAUUUGUAAUGUAAUUGGUUGGGUUUUUAUAGUGAUUGGCAUGGUAACUUUGCAUCUUCUAUCUUCUUAUGUAGUUCGUUGAAAAAAAAUAGUGAUUGGCAUGGUUGAUACUCGAUAUGUACAUAUAUUACGGAUUUCAUCACCUAUUCCUAGAUGGAAAACAGUUGUGAAACUAUGAAUGUAUAAAAGGAGCUUGAUCAUGAUUUUCUACCCA